UUAGAGGCGGUGCGACUGUCAAUUGUGUUCCCUCUCCUCGUUAAAACUCGGCUGUUGUUGCUCUGAGUAAAACCAAGACGACCGUAGUGUCUGUGUUUAGUCCGAGCCUGUGCGCUCCGCGGUGACAGGAGAGCAGAUCUUCUGUCUACUUGACGGUGACCGCGGCGCAAGUUCGCUCCUCUCUGCACUUUGACAUCGAUUUGUUUUGGGGAGAGGAGGGAGGGAGUAGGGUUUCGAGUCGUCUUGUAGCCGACGCUGGAUUGUUUUAAAACAAAAUUCCCACCAACACCACCUCGUUUUCAUCAUUUCUCGUCACGCACUUUUUGGCUACAGGCGGUGGUUGUUGUCUCGACCGCCUCGAAGAUAAGACCAACACGGGGAACGGUGAGGACUUGUUGCGCGUCUCCGGGGAGCGCACCAGUCCGGUUUUCAUCCAAGUCGAUACUGUACCUGCGUGCGAUGCUUUGAUUUCAACAGUGAUACGUUUCAGUGGAGCGGGAAUGGACUGUGGAGAUCAGCUCAGACUAAAAGCCUGAAGUCAGCGCGGCUUAUUGGUGCUCAGUGACUAUGAGAAUCUGAUCAUAAUUAACGAAAUUGGGCUGAUUAGUUUCCCUCAGUGUGACGGAGCUGCUGCUGCUGCUGCUGCACGGCCGAUGCUUUAGGAACCAGUUUCUCCUUUAAAUGGCACCCACGCACAGACAAGUCAAACUUUAUUCGGGUCAGAUCCGACGACUUGAUUAAUUUUCCCUUUUCCACAUCCGAAUCGAGCCCCUCCCCUCUCAUCGACAUGUCUGAGCGUGAUGGAUAUGGAGACGGGCUGUGUAGCGACGGAGCGCCGGACUGCAUCCCGCCGAGAGCGUCCCGCGGCCGGCGGAGCGGUGUCAUCCUCCCCGGUGGCGGCCAGGACACCGACACCAUCCUCCUGGAGUCGGUGAAGGCAGCACCUCGCCGGAGCAGUAUCAUAAAGGAUCCCUCAGUACAAAAGGUGGGCGGAGGCAGGAAGAAGACUGUGUCCUUCAGCAGCAUGCCCUCUGAGAAGAAGGUGAGCAGCGCAGCCGACUGCUUGGCGUUCAUGCAGGGCGGGUGUGAGCUGAAGAAGAUCCGGCCCAACUCCAGGGUUUACUGUCGUUUCUACACCCUGGACCAAGACCUGAGCUCCUUACGCUGGGAGCCCUCUAAGAAGGAUGGGGAACGGGCUCGGCUGGACGUCUCCAGCAUCCGGGAGGUCCGCACCGGGAAGAGCACAGAGACCUUCCUCCAUAACGGCCCUGUCUCUGAACACCUGGCCGAGGAGGCAGCCUUCUCUAUCAUACAUGGGGACGACUACCAGUCUCUGGACUUGGUUGCAUUGUCUGCUGAUGUGGCCAACAUCUGGGUGACAGGCCUUCGCUACCUGUUGGCCCACCCCUCUGUGAUUGGCGGGGCUGGGGGAGGUGGCGGAGGGCUGGGUGAAGGAGGGGGUGUGGCUGUGGAGGGCAGCCUGGGGAGCAAGAUGAGGAGCGAGUGGCUGGCAGCGGAGUUCGCCCAGGUGGAUGAAGACGGCUACGGCAUCGUGUCGGAGGAUGUAGCAGUCGCUACCAUCUGUAAACUGUGCCCCGGCAUCAAGGAAGCCAAGGUGCGUCUGCGUUUUAAGGAGAUCCAGCGUAGUAAGGAGAAGCUGACCUCCCAUGUGACUCGUGAGGAGUUUCAGGAGGCCUACUGCGAGCUCUGCACCCGGCCCGAUGUUUACUUCUUAUUGGUGCAGCUGUCCAAGGACCGGGAGUGUCUGGACCCUCAGGACCUCCGCCUCUUCUUGGAAACGGAGCAGGGUUUGUCUCUGGCAACAACCGAGGGCUGCUGGGAGCUCCUGAGGCGCUAUGAGCCGUCGGCCCAGGGCAGGGAGAGGGGGCUGCUGGGUCUAGACGGAUUUGCACGCUACCUGCAAUCCCCUGAGUGCCAGCUGCUCGACCCAGAGCACCUGGGGGUUUGUCAGGACAUGAACAUGCCUCUGUCCCACUACUACGUCAGCACUUCGUACCGCUCCUACCUGCUGGAUGACCAGGUCCAUGGCAGAGCAGACCUUGGAGGGCUGAUCAAGGCCCUGCAGUCCGGCUGUCGAUGCCUGGAGCUGGGAGUGACUGAUGGCCCAGAGGGGGAGCCUCUUCUUGGAGUCGACUACGGUCCGGACAUCCCCCGCCACCAUCAUCACCACCACCAUCACCACGCGCCAGUUACCAUCCGCUCUGCUCUGGAGGUGGUCAAUAAGUAUGCCUUCCUGACCUCUCAGUACCCGCUCUUGGUGUAUUUGUGUCAGCGCUGCUCUCCUGCCCAGCAGCGUAUCAUGGCGCAGCACCUGAAGAAGGUGUUUGGCACCCGUCUUUACACCCCAGAGGCCCUGCCUGUCAGCCUGGGAGGGCGAGCAACAACCUUGCCCUCCCCUGAGCAGCUGAAGGGUCGUAUCCUAAUAGUGGGGAAGAAGCUCCCAGUGGAGCAGGAUGGCUCUGAUGGGGAGGUAUCUGAGGAGGAUGAGGAGAUAGGAGGAGGAGGGCCUUUGGCAGGACGGCGAAUGACCAUCCCUGGUGAGGAGGAACUGGGUGUGGUCUUAGUGGUGCCUCCACCCUCUCAACCCAGGAAGCUCCGUCUCCACAAAGAGCUGUCAGACCUGGUGGCGAUCGCUCGGACCGGGAGCCGCAGCUUCUACGCCCAGAGAGCCAGUCACAAACAGGCUCAGCAGCAGUCACCCCCCAGCAGCCCCUCCUCUCCCAGCACACCGAUGCCUCCCGAGCCGCCUUAUUGGACACUGUGCUCCCUGGGUGAAGGAGAGGCCGGGCGUCUGACCAGCGAGAGCCCAGAGGACCUUGUUAUGUUCACCAAGCGCACUCUAACCAGGGUACGACCCAGCUCUGUGCGUCUGGACUCCAGUAACCCUAAUCCACAAGGAUACUGGAAAGGAGGGGUCCAGCUCGUGGCCUUGAACCAGCAGACCCCCGGUGCCAUGCUGGACCUUCACCGAGGACGCUUCUCACAGAACGGAGGGUGUGGUUACGUUCUCCGACCUGCUGUGAUGAGGGAUGAGGUGUCGUAUUUCAGUGCUCACACGCAGGGAUGUGUGCCAGGAGUGCCACCUCAGACGCUGCGCAUUAAGGUUAUCAGUGCCCAUAACCUCCCCAAGCCUCAGGGAUCAGGGGCUAAGGGAGAGGUCAUUGAUCCUUACGUGGUCCUGGAGCUGCAUGGUGUACCGGCUGACUGUGCUGAACAGCGGACACGCACUGCCGCUCAGAACCUGGAUGACCCACUGUUCGAUGAAACCUUUGAGUUUCAAGUAAACAUGCCGGAGCUGGCCUUGCUGCGCUUCGUGGUAUUAGAUGACGACUACAUUGGAGAUGAUUUCAUCGGCCAGUACAGCGUUGCCUUUGAGUGCCUUCAGCCCGGCUACCGCAAUGUGCCCCUGCUGGGCCUGGCGGGAGACCCCUUACCCCACACCAGCCUGUUUGUCCAUGUGGCGGUCACCAACCGGAGAGGAGGCGGGAAGGCCCAGCGACGAGGUCUGUCAGUGAGGAGGGUGGGGAGGCGGGGACGGGAGUACGUCACUCUGAGGCACACUGGCAUCAAGGUGGUGGACGAGACCUUCAAACCAGCUAGUGCCCCCCUCAAGGAGGCGACAGACCUGCGGGAGGAUGCACAGAGCACCACCACCAGCUUCAAAGAGCAGUGUGGGCUCCCCACGGUGGCCAAACUGAAGCAGUGCAUCCAGAGCCUGGCCACAAGGCUGCAGAGCCCUGAGGGCGCCAUGGGGGCCACCAUGGUGUUGAAGGAGGGCUACCCAUGUCUGGAGCCUCAGGUCAACCUGUCAGAGCCGACACGCAAACUGCUGACUGCCUACGACACGAUGAUUGCUGCCCAGAAACAGCUGAUAGAGAAUGCAGAUGCUGUUCAGGAGAGGAUCGCCCAGGUGCAAAGAGACGGCAUGGACUUCCAUGAGGAGCUUUCUCGGCUUGGGGAAAAAGAGGGACUGAAGGGACGCAAGCUCAACAAAGCUGUGGAGAGUUUCACCUGGAACAUCACCGUCCUCAAGGGUCAGAGUGAUUUGUUACGGGGAGCUAAGAUGGAUUCCCUGGAUGCCCUGAGGCAGCUGGCUCUGGCCUGUGAAGCCUGUGGACUCACCUCCUCCUCCUCUUCCACCAACUCCUCAUCCUCCACCUUCUCCACAGCUGAGCUGCACUACUCCUCCCACCCCCUGUCUGGCCGCCGCAGCAGCACACAUGGCAACGGACGCAUUUGACAUCCCCCUCUCUCCCCCUGGAUCCAGCACACUGCCAAAGAUGAAAAGGGAGUAGACAGAGUAAUUACAGAGGGUAACAGAGAUGAGGCGAUAUGAGAGUGAGAAAGAGAAUAAAUGAAAAGUGCUGGUGUAAAAGGCACCAGAGGAGGCAGUGUUAGUGUGUUAGUGUUCAGUGCAGUAAGUGUCUAGAUUAACCUAGACCAGAGCAGUAUAUCUCUUAAAGCCUUACAGAGAGUUCAUCAAUUUAUCACAGAAGGUCCAACAUGCAGGAGAAGCUUUUCAUGAAUGUCUUUGGUGGAAAAGUGAGGAGUGACACUCCAUAUGGGUCCUUGAACUUUCGGCAGCUCCUGCUUAAUUUUCUGAAAGAAAUGUUUGUGACUCAACAUUGUAACUCAGUGGGUUUCCCUCAUUAGAGAAGAAAUCAUAGACACCUGAAUAAUUUGUGACAAUGGGGCUGUCGUGGAGCUGAUGUUUACAGUCCUGCUGGUGUUUUAGAUGUAGGGGAUGCAGAAUGGAGGAUAUGUAGAGCUGAUGGGACAAUUAUUAUUCUGCCUCACUAUUUCAGCUUGUCCCUUGGGAAGAUAACAAGACUUGUGUGUGUUUGCAAUGUCGCAAAUGGUGGAAAAGGAAAGGUGUUACAAGAGAUUGAUUGACAGAGUGUGACCCACAAAAACACCAAGAUAGAAAUGAAGUAAUUCCAGUAGUGUAGAUUUAUAGUGUAAUACUACUUUUUUAAACUCUGAAGCAUUUUUUAUUUUUUAGAUUUAACUACAGUUACUGCAACUGAACUUUUUACUGUAGUUUAAUGUACAAAAACACAGUCCUCCUGCAUCUGCUUAAUUAACAAGAAUGACUUGUCUUAAGACAGAUGUGAUGUAAAGUAGGCUAUACAGUAAAUGAUUGACAGUUCUGGACAUCAGCUGAAUUAGCUGAAUGCACCUCUCGGUAAGCUGUCUCUGGUCUUCAAACUUGAAAAACACGAUGGCUGUUACUGUGACUUGAAAUUUCUCAUAGUUCCUCAAUGAAUCUGAGGCAAUUGACCUUAUCUAAAAUAUCAACAAUCAUUAAUGAGGUUUGGGGGUUUGGAGAGGUGGAAAGUCAAAUUGAUCUAGAUAUUUGUCUGAUUUAUCUAAUUAACUGUAUCACUUCUCUUGCUGGAUAUUUCCAGAUUUCAAUUUCAAUUCAAAAAAAUUAAAUAAAAUAGCUCCCAAGUUUUUUCUGCUUGUUUGAGUCUAGCGCCCUCAAAUAACUUUGUAUAUUAAAUGCUACAAAAAAACACAAGGAGUGCAUAAAGAUCCCCUUGCUACUCUGAACACACUCCUGUUAUCUCCCCUGUGAUAGCCUUUGAGUCUGUCACGUUCACUCGGAGAGGGGACGGCUGAAACACGAGGAAUGAGGUGUAGUGGAGAAGAGACAUGGUAAUUGGAGAAGUUGUGGAUGUGUGUUGAUACUGUAGUACUACAUGUCUGCUGUAGUACAUGUGUGGAUCACAUAACCUCCUCACUAUACCGGGGGUACUGGAUGCUCAGAGUCUGUACGUGUGGGUGUGUUUUUGUGUAGGAGGAACAGAUUCCUGCAGUGUUGAUGAUGAAGUACACAGUGUUGAUGUAGCAAUAAUAACAGUGGUGAUGUUACAAGAAAGUCAAUGAGGCUGUAUAACUCAAUAUGGAUUGAAAACAACAACUAACUUUAUAACUCAGUGAUGCUUAUAAACGUGUUUGAAAGCAACUACAAAAAUGGUGUCCAGCAGGUGCUACUGAUCAUGGCUCAUAGUUGUGCUUACCUGGUGUUCUUCUAAGCCUUCGAGUGUAACUGUGUUUCUUCUUAACGCAGGAAAACACCUGACUCUUGUUCUUCUAACUGAGCUUUUGUACUCCUAUUCUUGUAUCUUGUAAUGCUGCGUUUGAACCAAACUCGACGAAAAGUGAUGCUAAGCAACACACAGGACUAAGCUAACCAGAUUAGAAAUACCUCCUUGAAUAGUGAACCACAUUUUAUCUCCAGUGUUGGUGAUUUUCAUGCUUUAGUUAAAGGACUACACGUCUUGAAACCUUUUGGAAAAUGCCAAAAACAUUUUGGAGCUACAAGGUUUGAUGUGAUUAAAAAGACCAAGUAAGGCAGGUGUGUUUGAAAAUGUUCAGAUGGAUUCACUAGUUUUAAUAAUCUACUGCACCACAGGAACUCUUUAAUAUGGUUGAUUUGGACAUAUUUAUUUCCAUUUAAUCUGCUGCAGGUGACAAUGCAGUUUUUGAACAAAGCAAGUUGGGCAACUUGAGGGAACUUUCUGAAAAGAAGAUCUUGUGAAUGUUUAUUCUGCCCUUUUUAAGGAAGCAGGAGGGUGAACCUGAUCAGAGACGAGGAUCACAGCUAAACAUUCUAACAGCUCAGCGACCCAUCAACGCAGCUGGUGGCAUUUUGCAGUAGACAGGGUGUAAUGGGAAACGCUGAAACAGGGGGAUGACACUGAGGUUUACUGACUUCUUUAGCCCCUCUGAAGUGCUUGUGCAGGACUACUGUUUGUUCUGAAUGAUGUCCUAUAUUUUUUAUACACUGUUUUGUUGCCUUUCAUUCAUCUACACAUUCCUUUCCUUUUGUAAUACCAUUAACUUCUUUCAUACCUUCGCUUUUAUCCAUCCUGUUGUUCCUGCUGCACUUCUGGAGACUCCUGGUGGGGAGUGACAGAGCUGAUGCACUGAGUCACAGCCACAGGAGGAGGUUGACCUAAUAACAUUUCCAUGUGAGCGUUUUGUGUGUGUGUGUAUGUGUGUGUGUGUCUGAGAAAAGGUAUAUUCUUCUAAAAGUAGAAAACAUAUAUUGGAGAGAGAGCAAAAGUUGAAGGAUAGAAGAAGAUGAAGAAGAAGAAGGGACUGAUAUUGGAUUAACUUUUGGUUGCAUGUGUGGCUGGGUGAGCACACCUGCAGAGCUUCAUAAUUGGCUGUGAGCAAUAGACGGAGUGACAGCACCUGCUGUUUUGGUCUAUUAAUAACAUUGUGACUCACUGGAGGCUUUGGGAUGUGUGUAUAUGCUGGUGUGCUUAUGUUUGUCAUGAUACCAUGGUGCCCUAAUUCCUGGCCCGAUGAUGCAAAGCAAUUCUCCUGCUAACACAGUCAUUGCCAAACUACCUGCCAGCUGGCUCAGGGCGCUUUUUGGUAGAGCGCCACUGCCCCUGACAGGCACACACAAGUAAAUACUACAGAUUUCAUAGGAUCAUAAGAGGCAUCCUCACUCAGAGAUCUGCUUACCUGUAGGGAGGAUCUCUCUGCAUUAAUGAUGCAUCAGCUCCAGUAAAACAAACCACAGUAUUAGCUUUCUGUGUUCUGGUUUACAUGCCUGCUGACAUGGGGAAUACAACUGGGUCAAAGAGGGAACAGGCGAUGGCAUUUACUUUACCUGAGGAGACGUGCAAAGACGAAGGUCACAGGGUUUACUUCUGUAGGUGAACAUAGAGGUAGAGGGGUCAGGUUUCAGUAAUUAGGUCUUCUUUACUUAAGUUAAACCUCAUUCUCAGAAUAAUUCAUCAGGCAUACACUGUAUUUACAAAGGUAGACAGCAAUGACUGUGCUGCUGCAUAAAACAAAGGCAACAUGUAAGAAUGAUGGCAGCUUGUUAUUUCAGCAGAGACUGACCUUUGCAGUGUGUCAGGAAGAUACAACACCUGAGCCACUAAUUUGUAGCUGGAUGAUCCAAAAGGACCACACCUGUGUUUUUGCACGAUUUAACCCACUUACUUCAAAUCAUUUACUGUAUACUUGCAACAGCAGAAAAUCUACAAUUGUAUUUGAAAUGUGUAGAUUGAAUGUGCUUUUAUAUCUUCCAGGCAGCUAUUGGUUUCAGUUCAUGUCAGUAUGAUAUGGAGUCAGCUUGCAGACUUGCUUUUGGUACAUCCAUUUCAGUGAACAUCCUGCAUGGUUUUUGAUGCAAGAAGCUACUCAACCGACACCAUCCUUCUCACUGUGUGUGCUCCUGCUUAUUAUUUGUUGUUUGGUUUUGAAUUUCUGACAGUAGAGCUCAUCAAUGCAACACUGUAAAGUGACCAACUCUAUCUGUGCUUCUCAGCAGCUCAUGAUUUCCUCACUGCAGCAGAUUCAUUUCAAAUUAUCCCAUGUUUUCUGUUGCAUUAGUGUAUAAUAUAACUUAAAUUUGAAUAAAACUAAGCUUGAUGUUUGCAGUGAUCGAUCACCUAUCUCAAGCAAAUUUUAAGUCCCUAAAUGUUGCAAAGUUUUGAAAAACAGUCAGCAGUGAUUUGUAGUGAAUGAACUAAACUUGCAGAAACACUAGUAUGAUCCUUUAGACAUUCAAAAAUGAGGUUUUAGGUACAAAGCAUUUUCUUAUCCUCUCCAUGCCUCCUUCACAGUCUGCUUUGUAUCUCACUGCACUUUGCUUUUUCAGGACACUUUACCUGAAGAUAUGUUCAUCUUGCAGUAUUGAUGAAUGAGUGUGUACCUCUGCUAAAGGCACUGCAGUCAGCCACUCACUACAGUGCUUUACUAUGACGUUCAGUAUAUUGUAUCUCAUUUGUAACCCAAUGCUGCACCCUGAUAGCUGAGGUGUGGACUUAGCUACUUCCCUUUAUGCCCUUUAAAGUGGAUAAGGUCUACGCUGAGCUUUGUUUCUCACUGUGAUUGCAUUUUAAGUUUGGAGUUUGAAGGAUGAGAGUGGAGGACUGAUCCAUGUGUCAGAGCAAGGUGCUGCAUUGGGAUGCAUUGUUUCUCUGUUACCCAUGUCUUAACCUAGAGCUGUAUCUCUGUGUGCUCUUCAGUGUGUGAUGCUACCUAUCUUUGCAGACCAGUGAUCAAAUAGCGCUUAUCGUUUAUUUGAAUAAUUGAAGAGUUGUUUAUACCUGCCAUAGUGAUGUGGACAAAGUUGUGUCUUGGAAACGUGUAAAGGUAUUUAGGUUUAGGUUCUAUAUUACCCGUGGCAUCUGCAGUGUCUGUGUUGGCCUGUGUUUACACCGCUGACCUUUAAUCCAGUGUUGUUUCCUCAACUGUUCUGACGGUCACUGUAUGUUUUUGUAAAAUAGAAAAGAAACAAAAAAAGACAAGAGGAAGAAAAAUAUUUAUUGAAGUGUGUUUUAAAAACCAUAAAUAAAUAUAAUUAAUUAAAUGGACCUUGCUUUUAUUUUGAAAAGCUACUGUGUUUUCUAUCUUACAAGUAAUCAAAUAUAAUAAGAGUAUGUAUCCCAGACUAAAUAAAGUUAUCUUUUCCUGACCAAA